UAGUAACACUCCCUUGGUCGCUCAAUUGGUGAUGAGAGAACAAGGCAAUGAGCCCCUAUUACUCUCAUCCUCAGAAGAAAAUGAAACCGGCCACCAUCAGGAACAAUCAGACGGUGGAAGUUGGAUCAGACGGACAUGGACGGAGACGAAGAAGAUAUGGCAGAUUGCGGGUCCCUCCAUCUUCACCCGCCUCGCCAUGUUCUCCAUGACCCUCAUAACACAAUCAUUCGCCGGCCAUCUCGGCGACCUCGACCUCGCCGCAAUCUCCAUUGCCACCACUGUCAUCAUCGCCAUCAGCUUCGGCUUCUUGUUAGGGAUGGCGAGUGCGCUCGAAACACUUUGUGGCCAAGCUUAUGGGGCGAAACAGUACCACAUGCUGGGUAUAUAUAUGCAGUGUUCGUGGGUUGUGUUGUUUCUUGGUUCGGUGUUAUUGUUGCCUCUUUUUGUGUUUGCUACCCCUAUAUUGAAGCUCACCGGACAGUCGGCAGAAAUAGCAGAGUUGUCAGGGGUGGUGGCGAUGUGGUUGAUUCCGAUGCACUUGAGCUUUAUGUUUCAAUUCACCUUAUUGAGGUUCUUGCAGUGCCAGCUCAAGAUGGCGGUGAUUGCUUGGGUGUCUGGUGGGGCACUUGCAGUCCAUGUGUUUGUUAGUUGGCUUUUUGUGUAUUGGCUGAGGGUUGGCAUUGUUGGCACUGCACUUACUCUUGAUUUCUCAUGGUGGGUUUCGGUUUUGGGACUCUUUGGGUAUAUAGUUUGUGGUGGGUGUCCUCAUUCUUGGACUGGCUUCUCAAACCAAGCUUUUGUUGGGCUUUGGGAGUUUCUCAAGCUUUCUGUGGCUUCUGGGAUCAUGCUGUCGUUGGAGAAUUUCUAUUAUAGAGUGUUGAUCAUAGUGUCUGGGAUGAUGAUGAAUAACACUGAAGUUGCAGUUAAUGCCCUGUCCAUCUGCAUCGCUAUUUAUGGUUGGGAAUCUAUGAUUCCACUUGGUUUUUUUGCUGCAACUGGAGUACGUGUAGCAAAUGAGCUUGGAGCAGGCAACGCAAAAGCAGCCAAGUUCGCCACCAUCAUGUCAGUACUGACCUCCCUCGUAGUGGGGAUUUUUUGUUGGUCAAUGAUCAUGGCCUUCCCUGACAAGCUUGCAAUGAUCUUCACUUCAAGCACUUCCGUCAUUGCAAUGGUCGAUGAACUAGCAGUGCUAUUGGCAUUAACCAUUCUCAUCAAUUGCAUUCAACCAGUUCUUUCAGGUAAAAGAACUAAGAGGUGUCCAAUUUUACAAGCCAAAUGCAAGUGUAACAAUAUCAUAAUCCGCCCAUUUGCUAUUUCUUCAGGGGUAGCCGUUGGAUGUGGUUGGCAAGGAUUGGCAGCAUGUAUAAAUAUGGGUUCUUACUAUAUCAUUGGAGUCCCUCUUGGGUUAAUCUUGGGAUGUUUGCUUCCUUUUGGCAUUAAGGGUAUUUGGGCUGGAAUGAUCGGCGGGACAGUGGUUCAAACAUCAAUAUUAGCAAUCAUCAUUAUCAGUUGCAAAUGGGAAAACGAGGCACAGAAAGCUCGGUUUCAUAUGGCUAAUCAGGCACUCCCCAGCUAUUAAUCUCAGAGCACUGCAAAUGGAUAGGUGCAAAUAGUUUUUGUUCAAACUACAAGAGCUCUAAUGCAUUUCAGAAAAAAAAAAAUCUACUUAUUCUUUUCAUGAUUUCUUCUUGUCAUUUUUUUAUAUUAUAUGUUCGAGUUUGAUUUUUUAAAUCUUUUGAGUUGCAGAGAAUAGAUGAGCCCAUUUUGUAUGUACCCCACAUAUGUGAAUACUUUGGAGAGGGUUAACAUCUCUAACACUCUCAAUUAUGUAUGAUGAAAAGAAAAUGUUACGCAAACAAAAUGUAUAUAUAUAAAAAUUUGUUUUGAAAUUAAGUGAAUGCAGAAAUAUUCAUGUAUUCGGAGUGCAGAAAAAUGUAUGUUCGUAUUAACUAUCUGAUCUCAUUGGAUAGUUAAAAAUGCCAUUUAUGUUUCUAGUCAGAGAUGAUAUCCAACGGUGAUGAUUUAAUGGUUUUUUCUUUAUUUUUGUAUUUUAAUUUGAUUCAGCUGGGAUUGUAAAUGAACUUUAGCUAACCGAAUUACAGAAUGGUUUUUAUGAUUGGUUUCGGUUGACUUUCUAAACUGUACUAAACUUGAUUAGUGGGU